AUGUCUCAAUUAUCAAGUAAAUAUAGUAAUCUUCCUGACAUUGAGACCCAACCAGACGUUUAUGAAUCUCUAGAUACACCUGAAGAAAAUUUCCCUGAUACUCAAGAACUUGGUGAAGAAUUGGAAAAGAUAAGUGCUGUUGUUGAACAACCCAGUUUGCAAAAAGAUCUUAGUCGACUAUCUCAAAAUAUAAGUGAACCAGAUUCUAUAGACAAAAAGGAAGGAACAAUAAUAAAACAAGCCGAAAUGAAUGAAAAAUUAAUGGUUAUGAAUGAGUUAUAUUAUAUACCUGAAACUGCAAAAAUUCACAUUUUAGCCAAGACAGUUGAACUUGAUGGAUGUAUUUCUGCUUUAGAAAAACUUGUUGGAUAUAUUUCCAGGAAAGCUAAUAAAGCUAAUGCUUUGGCUGAAACUUCAGUUUUUGGUGAAACAAUUAAAAUGUUAACCAGUGAACAAAAUAAGCUUGAGAAAUCAUUUGAAAUAAAUGAUAUGGCGAUUCAACAAAACAUUGAAGUUGUUGAUUCACAUGUCACAGACUUGGCUGAAUGCAAAGGUAUUUUUACUAGUGUUAUGACCAUGGAUAGAUUAUGUAUGAUGCAAUAUGACAUAGAGGGAUGA